AUGGCCGAAGACUCUCUACAAAAAAAAGAUGACCACCUUCCACCAACUUCAGCCAGACAUCAGCCAGGACCAGAAGACAUCUUUGGGCCACAUUCCCAACAACUCAUGCCAUCCCAACCUUCCAAAGAAAUGUUGUACCAACAGCGGCAGAAAUGUGAGCUGCGAAGGCUCCUGAAGCACACUCACCCAGAACUGAAGAUGUUGGAUGAAGUUGUGGAUGAGGAGCUUGCUGAGGUUUUGAGCUCAGAGUCUGGGGUGGCAGCUGCUGAAACCGGAUAUGAGGGAGAGGUCCUUUCAAGACGCUUGAUAUUCGAGAACUGUGCCCUGAGUAAUAAAGUAUCUACUUACACCCCCAAGCUGCACAUGGCAGAGGAAACAGCGGAAAGAGGCAAUGUCAGUAAAACAUCAGCUGUGUUUGAGGUGUCAGAGGAGAGGCCUCAUGUUGCAAGUGUUAAAGCGAUUGUGGAGGCUGAUAAUGGUUCUAGUCCAGAUCCUAAUAGAGAGUGCGAGGAGGAGAUUGUAAGAAUAGAUGUUCAGGCUACCAGAAGGAUGUUUGAGAGUCAGUCUGUGAACACAUCUAAACCAAAUCCAGAAAAUAAGUUCCAGGGGAAAGUUUUUAUUUCUGGGGAUGAGACAGGGGCAGUACAAAAACGAAAACAGGGGUUUGACAUGUGUAGCAAACAGAAUCUACACAGCAAAAACAGAAGCAGUGACACUGAUUUGACAGAACAGAACCACGAUCAAGGGUCAUGUGUUCAUGUUGUUGGUCAGAGCACUGAUCUUGGGUUUUCUGGCAGGGAAGAGGUUUCCACUGGUGAAACACUCUUUGAGGAUGAGCCUACAUGUCUUCCAGAUCCAGAAGGAUUUGGUGAAACGAUCAAAACGAGAGCAGCUCUUUUCCAAAACAACCCAUUUAUCUCAACAAAUGUAGAAAGAGAGCAUUCCUGUUUGGAUACAGCAAAAUCCCAAAUCCCAGCAGUAGACAGCGAGGCAGCUGAGCACUAUCUGCAAGCUAAUGUCAAGAACAGAGCUCAUCUGUUUGAAUCAAUGCCAUUUGACAAAAUCAGACAUCAGAACAGGGAUGAAAUAGAAACAAUGGUCGAGAACAUCAAGGAGACAUUGGAUUCCCUUUAUCACGUUAGUACCAUACAUUCAGAUGGCUCAAUCAUUGAGGUGAAUGAGACAAUGAUAGCUAAAAAGGCUAAAUUCACACUAUCAGAGAGUGGGCCUAAGAUAAAAUACGAUGAGGUGGCUGAAGGUGGUGCACAAAACUUCAUAUUACAGUUGCUACCACGGGCAAACCUAAAGCCUCAGAUCACUUACCUAAAGGAAGAUUGCAAAGGAAAUAUGGAGGCCAUAACGGUGAAUGUACCUGUGCACCAGCAUCACUUCACUACCAGCCAGGACACAGAGGUUAAAACUGCCAAUGUGGUUCAACUUGUUGAGGAUAUUCUUAAUCAAGAUAACUCCCUGAGGAAAGGAGUUAUAAUCCAGGAGGGUGUCAACAGAUGUGCUGAAGUAAUCGUUUACUCCCUUUACAAUUAUGUAGAUGAGAAAGAUGUGAAAAGUUACUGUCCUCCACAAGUGUAUUGUGCAGAGUAUGAUGAACCAGAAACAGAAAGAAGUGAUGAGAGUAAGACAAAAAAUCAAGGAUUGAGAACUGGGGUUGUUGAAUCAACCAUAAGCUGCCUAAACCUCUCAAAUCAAACCUCUCAAGACCAAACCUGCUCAGGAUCAAUCAGGCCUGAAGUCACAGUAAAGGGGAAUGUGAAACUGUUCAAGAGUUGUAUUGAAAAGGGUGAUCUGGAGUAUUUGAAAACUCUUCAGGCUGAGCCAACAGUUCAAGAAGAGGAACUUCCUCCCAACCAAAAUGUGGGCGGACAAGGCACGGAGCUUCAUCCCGAACAGCGAGGUGAUCAGGCAGAGGAGAGUGCAUCAGAGUGGGUACCAGUGGAUGUAAAGAGACUGAAAAGUAUGUUCUCUGGAGAUCAAAGACAACCCAACCAACCCCAAACCCAACCAAAACAAUUUACUGCCAUCCCUCCUGCAUUCAUAGGCCAAAAUGUGCCACUUGGAAAUAGGCACUCCGCUACAGAGAGGAAUGUUGGCGUCGUCUCCCAUGUGCAAGAAAAGAAUAAAAUCAAGGAGUGUGGCAUCCAAGCACAAGAAAAAGCAUGUAACUCUGAAGUCGUAUUGCAUUUUGAGACACAAGACAAUGACAGGGUCCACCAGGCUGAAUUAGUCAAGGUGGUAGAUGACAAUGACGAAAUCUCAAACCUCAAAACUGCAAUCCAUAGCCUCCAACAGGCCACAAUGGAAGCGAAAUCUUUUCAUCAGUCAUCACAAGAAAAACAGAAAUUCUUUGUUCAAGAAUCUUCUAAGGAACCCGUUGCCUCAGUUACAAUAUCUGAUGUCAACUCAGUGAAAACCCAGAGAAAAGAAGCAGAAUUACUUCAAGAAAAUCCACAAAAAGCAGAGACAGCUUCCAGCAUCACUUCAGAACAUAAACCAGUAAAUCAACAUGAGAGUACAUGCCUUAAAGAUAUUAAUUCUGCAGAAAUUCAUACUACUGAGACAUGCAGCAAAAAGGGUCAAAAAAGCACAGAGGUCGUCCAGAAGCAACACUUUGAAGCUGCUACAGAGUCUUCAAAUAUUUCAGAAACAGCUGCACAGCAAGAGGAGGAGGAAAUAGUUUUUGAGGGUAAACUUCAAGCAGCCUUAGAUUCCCUGGAGAAGUCCAACAUUAAUGUCACCAGAGGAGAUUUCAGAGCAGCAAUGAUAUACAAAAAAUCUUCUAAAGAAAGAUCAAAAAAUGUUGAUGCAGCGUCCUUUCAAAAGACAUCUGACAAUGAGAUUUGCGCUGUGACUGAACCUAAAUCAAUUCAAGCACCACUGAGACAAGACCUGGCCACAGAGCCCCCAAGACAAAGUGAAACCCUAAAUAAACCAGCUACAAAUGCUGCCUCAGAGAAAACCAAAAGGCCUGUUUGUCCAAAACCAGCUAUCCCGCCUAAACCUGAACAUUUGAAGAUGAAACAAAGAGAUAAUCAAUCGGCCAACAAAGAGAAUCAUCAAACUAAUGCUAUGAGAUCUGAUAUGAAAGAUAAAACUCCGCAAACACUGACAACAUCUCUGUCACAUCAGGUUGAACAUAAGCAAGAAGACCAGUCCAAAAUACACUCUGGUGCAGACUCAGGACCAGAUUUAGAGGAUCAUGAAAAACCUACAAGAAAUCAAUUUUUUGGUGAAGCGUUACAGAUGUCCCAGGAAAUCCAAGUAAGCCAUCAAGUCCAAGGUUCAGUCGUCACCUUGGACAGUGACAACACAAAUAAAAAUAUCAUCAAUCAACAAGAGAAGAUAAAUAACACUGCAGAGGAGAAAAGCCCCCAGAACAUCCCAGUCAAUGAUAAUAUGAAUGAAACAGAUGAAAGCCCUGUAGAUUUCAACAAAGCAUGCCAAAAAUUUGGAGGUAAAAAGGUACUUUCCGCAAAAAAGGCCCCUGUAAAGCCAAAAAGAGUAAAAAUUGCUGACAAUAAAACUCCAAAGCACUCCUCUGGAGACAAUAAUUCAAAAAUUCUUGCAAACGUAGAGGCAAAACCACAACAAACUGCAACUGAUCCAUCAUGCAGUGACCCAAACACCUGUGGACAAACUGCUGACAGCAAAGACAAACACGAGAGAGAAAUUAAACAAGAAGGAAAAGUCGAGAUGAGGGAAAAGAAAGGAAGAACCGAGACAGAGGACGAACGCCGGCAGCGGCUGUCAGUUCACAUGGAUGAGAUCAUGAGAGGGAACAUAACGGCGGCCAUGGAAAUUUUUGACAACUUGCGAAAACAGGAGGAACUGCAGAGUAUUCUCAGUCGAGUUGAAGAAAUCGAAGAGGACACGAGCGAGGUUGACGUAACAUCACUGAGGAGAGUGUUUGAGAACGUCCCUGACUGGGUUGUCAACUCCAACAAAAGGAAACAAAAAAAGAUAAAAGUAGAACAAAAAGAGGAGAGGUUGCCGGUAUCAAGGGACAACACUGAAAGCAAAUCUUCAAUGGCGCAUGUUUUUGGAGAUCUUGAGAGAGCCAGUGAGGAAAUUAUGAAUCUAAAAGAGCAGACUUUAGCCAGGCUUGUGGACAUAGAGGAAGCAAUAAAAAAGGCUCUUUAUUCUGUCUCUACUUUGAAAUCAGACUCAGAUAUUGCUGGUUUAUCAUGCUUGUUCAAAGAGUCCUUAGGGACAGUACAGGGAUCACCAUCCUCUGGUAACAUUAGCAAAAUAAGCAUCGGGUCAAGCAGAAAAAAAACAGUGCUGACACAGGAAGGCCCUUCAACACAGGGAAGCGCAGCUAUGCCAGCUGGCCAGGGUGCAGGCCUGGAAAUAGCCUCUGCAAAACAACGAGCGAGUCCUCCAUCUUCACCGGCCUUCAUUUCCAUCCAGUCAGCCGCUCGAAAGACGGAUAAAACAGAGCUGCUGCCACCAGAGACCACAACCUGCCCUACAUGUCAGCAAAGCCCGAAGAUGGAAGAGAAAUUCCGGACAACAAAAACCCUUCAAUGCAACAGCCCAGCUCAAAACAGAAAAAAUGACCCAAGAAAAGGAGGUCAAAAACAAUCCACUUACAGCCCACUUAAACCUAAACGAGAGCUCAGCAUGCUUGAGGUGCAGGCUGACCGCGGGGGGAACAGUAUUUCAGGCAACACGACAGUCACAGAGAACUAUGAGAGGACUGAUAACUUUGGUAACCGGUUUUACUCUUCUAAAACCUCCACUGUUGUCAAUAGUCAGCCAGAAACAAUUACAUCAUCCACAGGUCAGGCUGUCACUAAGUACCCAGAGGUUCGGCUGCCGAUCAAUCAGAAACCUUAAUUUAAUCACAGACAGGCUGCAGUUUCUCACCAAAAAAAAUAAAUGCUGGCAGUGUUUUUUUUAUGUACUGUAUGACAAAGCUGUCAUGUGCAGAAUUUGAUUUGCGAAGAAAUUAAUAUGAUAUUUGUUAUUGCUUGUUUGUUUAUUUAUGACUGGUUUUAGAUUUUCUUAUUAAUUGCUGGGAUCUUUUUUGUUGUUGUAUUCUUUAUCACACUUUUUGCAUUUUAAAUUAAAUACAGACUAUUGGUUUCCAAAUGCCUUCGUGUUUUGUUUAUCAAACUAAGCCUUGUCUCACUUUUCUCAUCAGU